AUGUGUAUUGAUUACCGGCUGCUGAAUUUGCUCAUUAAGCUAUCUCGCUAUCCUUUACCCUUGAUCGAGGAUCUGCUGGUAGACUUCAAGUCUGCAAUGUGGUUUAUGAGUCUCGACAUGGCGAGUGGAUUCUGGGCGGUGCGAAUGACGGAACGUGCGAAGCUGAUCUCCGCAUUUGUUUGCCCGUUCGGCCAUUUUCAAUGGCUCAGAAUGCCCUUUGGAGCCUUGCCGAAGAUUGUCAAAGGCAUAGAGGAUCUACCGUUCCCGUCGACAUACAAGGGAGUGCAGUCCUUCUUAGGAAGUCUGAACUACUACAAUAGGUUUAUUGAAGACUUACCAGUAGUUGCCGCUGUGCUCUACGAAGUAGACGAGGAACGUGUACGUGCUGGGCGGAACCUGGAAGCCGCAAAGGAGUCUUUUGAUAUACUGAAACGUAAGAUCGUGUCGACCCCGCUAUUGCGACAUCCAGACAGAACCAAGCCUUUUGUAAUAAUUCCGCAUGCCAACCCGUGGGCGGCGUGUGCAGUUCUGGGUCAAGAACAUGAAGGACUCAUACACCCCGUGCGAUUUACGGGUAGAGUGUUGAAGGAAUCAGAGCUACGCUACCACAUAGCUGAGAAGGAAGUGCUCGCAAUCUUGCGGACUCUUGAACUUUUCAGAAGCCAUGGGUCAGAAUUCCCAGUUGUGAUGUAUACGCGCUACUCGGUACUAAAGUGGUUAUUACAAUCCAACACUGCAGAUGGACGACAUCUGAAAUGGACACUGGAGAUCCAUCGGACUCAGAAAGAUAAGGACGGCCUUGCGGCUAUCCUCGGGUCGGGUAUUACUCGCAGGGAACAUUUAGAUGAAGUUGCAGAAACCCUGAUUCCCGCCAAGGGGCGUCUGAAAGUGAUGCCACCAGUGAGCCUGGAAAUGUUGGAAACAGCCUACCAAGGUUACGUCCUGAGUUUUGAUGUCGCUGCGAAGGUCUCCACUCGCCGAGGAAGUUGUGGAUGCAUUUGUCAGGGCAUGGCAGGAUACAUCCUGGAAGCUGUGACAGUCAAUGAUGCUGAAUACCAUGGUCUGAUUCUGGGACUAAAGCUCACUAUGAAAUACGAUGUCAAAGAGCUUGUGGCAGUCGGUGAUUUCCGAAUCGUCGUCCAACAGGCUCAGGGUCUCAUCAAUUGCAACCAGCCCAACCUGAAACGACGCUUAGCUGAGUAUGAAGAUCCCAGGAAGAAUUUUGUGUCGGUUAAAUUGAUUUAUGUUAAACGUGAGUUUAACCAAGCUGCCGACUACCUGACUUCUAAGACUCUUGUGCUCGGAGAAUCCUGGGAACUCAAUGACCCCGAUGAGAUAACCAGUCCGGGUAUCAGGAUGAACGGUGGAGGAGAAUCAAAGUUCACCAAGACAAAGAUGUGUGGAUUCAACAAAUGA